GCAGAAAAAUAUUUCGCUCACAGUCCGGGUAAGAUAUUCUCUUACAUUGUAUGCGGCGGUGGUAGCGGCGAUAAUAGAAAGCAAUCCAACAAAGAGAAGAGAGAAAAAAAAAUCGUUGUGCAUGUUUCAUUUUCGGGGUUUGGAUAGCCUGUGCGAGUUUUUUUUUUUAAAAUAAGAUUAUAUACAAAAUGAACGAAAUUGUUGGAAAAAGUGUGUGAAGUUUUUAAAAAUAAAAGUGAAUUUUCUAUAGGGUAGACUUUAAAUCAGUAUAAAGAAAACCAUAACGAAUUCGAUGAAAUAUCCGUUUUUAAGACACUUCAAAUCACGUUUAAAUUAUCUUAGUUCGGAUUGUGAAUUUGGUCCCCAAUCACCGAGUGUCAAGAGACACACACACGCACACACACAGAGAGAUAGAUAGAAAGUGUGGCAAAGCACAUUUGCAAAGAGAAAGCAAGAAAAAAAAGUCAUAUACGCAUACCCCGUUCAAACUAACACACAUCAUCUUAAACAGUACAAUAAAUUUUGGUUUUAAUAGCAUUGUAGCAAUAUUGUUCAAAUCAUAAAUAAGUUCUAAAAAGAAAUGCCAAAAAUCAAUCCGUAUUACAAGCAGUGUGAAUUAAGUGUUAAAUCAUAAUAAUACACGAUAAUAAAAAAAAAAGAAGAAGAUGAUGAUAAGAAACAUCGAAUUACGAUGAAAAGUGAAAGGAACUAGAGAAAGGAAAAGAAAAAAUUGAAGAAAAAUAAGCGAGCAAAGAAAAACGAAGGUAUCAAGCUAAUAAAUUACUUAUGGAAAUUAUAUCAACAAUCAACAAGCACAAAAAGUCGUAAUAAAUAAAAAUUAAAUUGUGCUAAAUUGAAAUGGUCAAAAAAAUUAUAUGGCAACGAAAAUGCAAUGCAUUAACACAAGUCAUUUUGAAAUGCUAACAAUAUGUAAAUUUAAAGUUAUACCAAAGUGAAACGAAAACGGAAAUAACAGCAACAACAACAACCACAGCCAACAAAGGCAGGAAAAAAAGCGUUGCACACGAAUUCACUCAUAACGAAAGCCAAUCCGAAUUGAAUGUAUGCCUCUGGUUCUUGUUCCUUCUUCGUUCAAUUUUUUUGUUCUUUCGUUCGAGUAAAAUGUUAGUUUGAAAGUGUGUGCUUCUCUCGUCACUAUUAUGCUCCUAGUUGAGUCUUUAGAGUCGUUGCCUCUCAAAAGUUGCAGUCAUGUUUUAAGUAUGUGAUUUUUAUUUUCUCUGUCGUUUCAAAUGCAAUCGCUUGAAUUGAAACAUAACGGACAAUCUAUCUAGAUUUGGUAUAUGUGAAUAUGCACACAAAAAGGUGAAAUAAAAUCGAAAAAAACAGCAAAACUCUAACAACUAUGCACAAUAAAUCAAAUAUACAUCAUAAAAAAGCACACAUUGUACAUUCCGACAGCCGUCUACUUAUAAAAUAGUAGCAUAUCUAUGACACACACAUACAGAGGAAUAACAAAUAUUAUUUUUAAACAUAAAACAUGUGCUGAUAGCAUGUUCCGAGGACACAAUUAUGUAUGGUCUUCAAACGUUUCGCACUAAUUAGUCGUUGGAGUUGAGCAUACACACCAGCGAAUAAGCACUCGCCGCGACAAGCGGUACAAUAGCCAGGCAAAUUAAAGCAACAAACCGUGAAUAUAUAUAUAUACACACACACACACGUACCCUGCAUUGGAACAUACAGCACGCUCAAUAGCUCAAUCAGUCAGUAUCUCAAUCUGUAACAUUUGCAGAAUCCACUUUACUACAACAACAAAAAAGUUACAACGAAACGAAACGAAGAAACGACCAAACUGAGAUAGCAAUGGCGAAUGAAAAAUAAAACGAAUCCAGGCAAAACGAAUAAUAAACGAGAGCGAAAGAACGAAAAAGGAAAAGUGAAACGCGAUAUCGUUGUUUGAGUUGCCCAAAUAGUGAGAAAGCGGAGAGAAACGACAAAAUAGAUAGAGUGUCGACGAGCACCCACUACUUGAGAAAAUUCAACAUUUGCAACGGCAAACAACAGCAAUAAUAACAACAACAAAUUAACGAAAAUUAUCAACCGAACGUCGAUUCGAUUUUCUUACCAACAAUUACCUCCGAACCAUCAACACCAACAUACACAAAGUAUACAUUUCGUACACAAAUACCAAAAAAACGAAACCAAAGCCAAACCAAAAAAAAAAAUAUUACUCAACAAAAACAACACAACAUUUUCAUUGCUUUUAGAAAUCAUAAUAAAAUCUAAACAACAACAGCAACAAGAAACAACCACUAUUACCAUCCACCAUAGAUUAGCUGUAAUGUGUAAUAGCUGCAAGUACACGAAUUUUAUUAAAUUAUUUAUAAAUAACUAGAUGUACUAGCGUCUAUGUUGUGUGGGGGUGUUUUUUAAUAAUAAAGAAGCUAGGAUACCAAAGGAUAUAUCGUACUGAGUUGAACUGUGUUAAUUUAAGCUAUUUCGUUUCGGGGUUUUUCUUUUCAUUCAAAAUAACAUUCAAACUAAAAAAAAAAAUAUUUAAACAAAACAUAAUAUAAUUAAUGAAAAAAGACCACCCGAAACAUCUUAAUUGAAAAUCGCCGAGAAUAAAAUAAAACGAAAACCAAACUGUACAAUAAUAGUUAAAUUAAAAAUGAAAACCUAAUUUAAAUUUGAUACAUAUUAAUAAAACAGUGGAUGUGAUUGUUUUUAGUUCAUUCGUUUGUUUUCGUUCACAUUUUUUUUUUCGUUAAAGACGUGAUUUGAUUGAAUCGAUUCUUAUUUAGUGAAACUCAUUUUUCACAUUACUUCAUCCCCUCCAAGUUAUAAAUAUUUAGUUGUAGUUAAAUUUUAAAACGUAAUUUUAAAUCGUAUAUUUACGAAGUUUACGUCAACUUAACAAGUAUUCAAAAGAUCAAUACAGAUAUUUAAAGAAAAAGCAACAAAAAACUUAUUAAACAAUAACAACUAUGCAAAAAAGUAUCUUAGGUUAAAUCAAUUUAAAGAAAAAAGCAAAACGACUUAAAUUUAAUAAAAACCAAAUAAUAAAACAAGGAAUUAAACCGAAUUAACAAAUGCGAAUACAAUAAAAUAACGAAAGAUUAACAGAACUUAUUCAAACCGGGAUAACAAUAAUAAGAAUAGUAACUGUAAAAAAAAGUUGAAAAUUGAAUAAAUAACACAAACACACACACAACAUACACACAAUAAAAACACACACGACAUGGCAACGCCACCAGAAAGUCCAGUUGAAGAAGUAGUUUAUGAGUUAGAAACAACUCGCGUACCCAAGCCAAUACCAGUCGCUUUGGAGGACCUUUGUCGCCAAACAAAAUUCACGCGACAAGAAAUUCGAGUGAUGUAUCGUGGAUUCAAAACAGAAUGCCCUGAAGGUGUUGUUCAUGAAGAGUGUUUUAAAGAUAUCUAUGCAAAGUUCUUCCCUCAUGGCAAUUCUAGUAUUUAUGCACAUUAUGUGUUCAAAGCGUUUGACGUUAACUGCACUGGUGCGAUCAGUUUCCGGGAUUUAUUGGUAACAUUAUCAACGCUAUUGCGCGGUUCAGUUUAUGAACGACUUCGAUGGACAUUUAAAUUGUACGAUUUGAAUGGUGACGGUUGCAUAAGUCGAAGUGAGCUUAGCGAAAUAGUCCAAUCAGUGCAUGAACUGAUGGGCCGUCGACCAAAUCAAACUGACGAUGAUCGAAAGGCUCGUGAACAAGUCGAAAAAGUAUUUCGAAAAUUUGACUUAAAUCAAGAUGGGGUCAUAACAAUAGAAGAAUUUUUAGAAACAUGCUUAAAGGACGACACAAUAACUAAAUCACUGCAAAUGUUCGAUACGGAUCUUUGAUUAUCACCCGACAUGGUAGUCAAUAAUAAAAAUAAGACUUUCUUUCCACUCAUAGACUUGUAAAAAUGAAAUAAAAUUGAUUGAACAAAACCAAAUACAAGGCAACACAUUUUUAGAAAGACAAAAUGAACAACUAACCAAUAACCAAGUGAAAACAACAAUAUUAAUGCCGCUAAAAUGUUCUACUAUUUUGAUGAGAUAGAAUGAAAUUGGAGCAUACACUUUGAGGUUGAACUUUUAUUAGGAAUUAUAAAUUGCACACAAACACACACACGCAUAGCAUACACCAGUGACUGGUGUUUGCCAAUCGAUAAAAUACAAUUAAAUUGCAUCGGAAAUCAAAUGAAAUCCACAAUACGCUGAUGUGUUUACAUGUUUGAUCAACCUUAGACAUUUAAACAACAAACUCUAUCAUCUGAAUUUUAUGAACUAAAUGAGCUACGUUAACAAUUUUCUCACUUUUUUCUCGCGGAUCAAGUUUCAUUUAGCGUCAUCGUCGUUAAAUCCAUUUCUUUUUUCAUAAUUUAACAUUUUGAGAAACAUUGAAAAAAAAAACAUAUUUGGGCAUUUGGAAAAGUUUAAAUGAAUUGAUAAUUGAACUUAAACAAAUUGAACAAAAAAAAAAUUAAGAUUUAAACUUUUAAUCGGCCAUCUAGAUUGCAUUAUGAAUUUUACAUAUAUAUGAUAUCUAAAAAAAUGAGGCUAAAAUAAAUUAAAAUUUAUCAUUAAUUAAAUAAUGUAAAUUACGCUCGGACGUAAUAUUGGUGUAUGAAUGGUGCAUAUGAAAAGAAUGACUUUAAUGCGAAAAUUGGAGCGAGAACGAAAGCUAUAAAUCCAAUAUUGAAAUUGAACAAACAAAUCAAACACAAACAAAAUUAGCAAAAUAAAACGAAUAGGAAAAAUCCAAUUUUAGCUUACAACAGCAAAAAAAAUGAAAGGAAAAAAACAAUGACAACAAAUUAAUUCUAACACUCUCGACUAAAAAUGGAAAGCAUUAUGAACAUAUGAUUAUUACAAUUAUUACAUUUAAAAUGAAAAAAAAAAAAAAUGAAAAAUUAAGAAUUUUCGCUGAUAUUAUUUGAAAUUCCUUUUUUUCUAUAUUUAAAAAUAGAUUUUAUCGAUAUUUUUUAGUGAUAUUUCAUGGCAAAGAAGUUAACGAACAUAAUUAAAUGUUAUGUUAAAACCUUAAACGUUUGAAUAACAUCAGCAAACAACAAAAAUAGAAAACAAACAAAAACUUAUCAAAUAUUUUAUGCAAUUGUACCUUUACCAAAAUCAGAGAUGAUUCUCUUUUUGCUUAUUUUCCGCUGUGCAUCGACUAAAAUGGAUCCGUCGACCUAUUAAUCUGAGUAUCCAACAUACACAUUUCGGUAAAACCCUGUCCAUAUACUAAUUGUGUGAAUUUUUUUUUUAACUUUCCAAUGCAAUCACCAACUCUUUGUUACUUUUUCAGUUUUAUUCAUUCGGUCUUCAGAGUAAAACACAAUACGAAAGCGGAAAAUGCAGAAAAGAGAAUUUUAUCACUGCCAAACUGUAUAAAAAAAAUAAAAAAAGGAGAAGAAGAAGACACAAUAUAAAUAUACAAAAUAAUGAUUGCAUUUUAACGAUUAUUGUUUUUAUUGAUCACAGCAUUAUUUUUAAAAUGAAAAGAAAUUUAACGGAAGAAAAACACUAUUUACUACUCGCAUAGGCGUAUUUAUAAAAAAAGGUGAAGUAAGAACAACAACAACUACUGACAAACAAAUUUUAACAAUGAAAAAAAUGAAACAAAUUCAUAAAUUCAUGCAAAAUUGAUGAAUAAAACCAAAACAACAACAAUAAUGAUAAUAAAUUUAUUUUCUGAAUUUCAAGCUAGUAAAAUUUAGUCCAAUUGAUUAGAUAAAGUAAACAAAUACACAAGAGAUAUUAAUGAAAUUUUACCAGAAAAAGUGACAUAAAAACAUGAGAAUGGAUUUAGGUGUACAAGAAAAAAAAAUGAAACACAAUUAGAAAUUGCAUAAGAAAAGAACCGAAUCCAUUGAAUAAUAACAGCUAAAAUACUUUCAAACAA